AGGCGAGGCGAGGCAUCGCAUCUCCCUGCCCACCGUCCGCCGGCGAAGUUCCCGGCGUGGUGAACUCUGCGGAGAGGAAGGAAGCCGCAGCCACCGCCGUGCAUUAGCCGGAUUGAACUCCUCCUGCGAGACUCGCGGCCGGGGCUCGGCGAUCGAGGGGCUGGAGCCUCGCUCCCUUCCCCGGGCGGCUGCCCACCGAGGGAUGGAGCCCGGGUGUAGCGCCCUGCAGGAGCACGGCGUGGUGGGACAGCGCUAAGGCGGCCGGAGGAAGAAGAAGGGAAGGUGAGGAUUUGAAGAAGUUCCAACUGGGAGCCGGAGAAUAAGAAGCAGAGACAAUAGGAUGACAGCCCUGCUGUGCGGCCUCUUGAGAUUGCUGGUGGUGGCAACCACGUGUGCUUGGCCAGCAGUUUCCAUAGAAGGAACCACAGACCCAGAGAUGUCUGACAGCCACAUGGUGGAGGCUGAGGAGGAGCACCUGCUACUGGACCCAGGGAGUCUGCUGAAGCUCUACUGCAGCACCAACCACAGCCUUGUGAUCUCAUGGUACAAAGAAGCCAAGCAGCUUUUCCCAAGUGGGCGUGUGCACAUGCGACAGAGCAUGCUGGAGAUUGCCGAGGUCACCUAUGAAGACUCGGGACUAUACUCGUGCCGAUCACGGAUCACUGGGGAAAGCCUGCGCAACUUCACUAUCUCUGUUGUAGAUUCAUUGGCUUCAGGUGAUGAUGAUGAAGACAGUGAUGUGGACAGCCCCCAUGUGGAUUCCAAUGAGGAGCCCAUGCAUACCCGGCGAGCACCCUAUUGGACCCACCCUCACCGAAUGGAAAAGAAGCUGUAUGCCGUCCCAGCAGGAAAUACCGUCAAGUUCCGCUGCCCAGCGUCCGGCAGCCCCAACCCAACGAUUCGCUGGCUGAAGAAUGGGCGGGAAUUCCGGGGGGAGCAUCGGAUUGGAGGGAUCCGACUACGGCAUCAACACUGGAGCUUGGUCAUGGAGAGUGUGGUACCCUCGGAUCGAGGCAACUACACUUGUCUGGUGGAGAACAAGUUUGGCAGCAUUCGCUACAGCUACUUUCUGGAUGUGCUAGAGAGAUCCCCGCACAGGCCCAUCUUGCAAGCUGGGCUACCCGCCAACACCACAGCUGUUGUGGGCAGUGAUGUCGAGUUCUUCUGCAAGGUGUACAGCGAUGCCCAGCCCCACAUACAGUGGCUUAAACACAUUGAAGUGAAUGGCAGCAGCUAUGGCCCAGAUGGAGUGCCAUACGUGCAAGUGCUUAAGACGGCAGACAUUAACAGUUCUGAAGUAGAAGUACUCUACUUGCAUAAUGUCUCCAUGGAAGAUGCUGGUGAAUACACAUGUCUAGCAGGGAAUUCCAUUGGCCUGUCUUACCAAUCAGCUUGGCUUACUGUGCUUCCAGAUGAAGAACAAGUACAAGAGGCAGAUGCCCCUGAAAUAAAGUAUAGUGACAUCAUUAUCUACACUUCUGGGGGACUGGCCAUCACUAUGGCUAUUGUCAUCGUUGUCUUGUGCCGGAUGCAAAUUCAGCCAAACAAGCAGCCCUUGGAGCCCAUGGCUGUACACAAGCUCUCCAAAUUCCCCCUCAUCCGGCAGUUCUCACUGGAAUCAAGCUCCUCAGGGAAAUCUACCACAUCACUGAUGCGUGUCACACGCCUCUCGUCAAGCUGUACCCCCAUGCUGGCUGGUGUCAUGGAAGUGGAGCUGCCACUGGAUUCAAAGUGGGAAUUCCCACGAGACAGGCUGGUGUUGGGCAAGCCACUAGGUGAGGGCUGUUUUGGGCAGGUGGUGAGAGCAGAAGCCUAUGGGAUUGACCAGGAACGGCCUGAGCGCCCCAUCACUGUUGCUGUCAAAAUGCUGAAAGAUAAUGCUACUGACAAGGACUUGGCUGACCUCAUUUCGGAAAUGGAAAUGAUGAAACUUAUGGACCAGCACAAGAAUAUCAUCAACCUCUUGGGUGUCUGUACACAAGAUGGGCCUCUCUAUGUGAUUGUGGAGUUUGCUGCUAAAGGGAACCUGCGGGAGUACCUGCGUGCCCGUCGCCCUCCCACACCAGAUUAUACCUUUGACAUUACCAAGAUGCCCGAGGAGCAACUGUCCUUCAAAGACUUGGUCUCGUGUGUCUACCAAGUGGCACGUGGCAUGGAAUACCUGGAGUCCAAACGGUGCAUUCAUCGAGAUCUGGCCGCCCGCAAUGUCCUUGUCACUGAAGAUAAUGUCAUGAAAAUUGCUGAUUUUGGCUUGGCCCGUGGUGUCCAUGACAUUGACUACUACAAGAAAACCAGCAACGGCCGUCUGCCUGUAAAAUGGAUGGCACCAGAAGCUCUCUUUGACAGGGUGUACACACAUCAGAGUGAUGUGUGGUCUUUUGGAAUUCUGAUGUGGGAGAUCUUUACAUUGGGGGGUUCCCCAUACCCAGGCAUCCCAGUAGAAGAACUCUUCAAACUCCUGAGAGAAGGCCACCGCAUGGACAAGCCCUCCAAUUGCACCCAUGAACUGUAUAUGAUGAUGAGAGAAUGCUGGCAUGCUGUACCUUCACAACGACCCACUUUCAAGCAGCUGGUGGAGGGACUGGAUAAAGUCCUGGUUGCUGUCUCUGAAGAGUAUCUAGACCUCUCCAUGCCCUUUGAACAGUAUUCCCCCUCCUGCGAGGACACGACCAGUACCUGCUCUUCGGAUGACUCUGUCUUCACCCACGACCCCCUGCCUGUUAGCCCUUGCCUUUUCCCCUAUCACAAUGUGAGGACAUGAGGCAAGGGAUAAACUAUGGACACACACAAACACAGACACACACACAUACAAACACAGACACACACACAUACACACACCCAGGGAAGAGGAUGGUGGCUGUUCCCCUCCCCCUGUUCCUAGAGGAUCACACAGUUGGGGAACAGAAAUUCUCACGCUGUUCUUGCUGGAAGGAAAGAACUGAGAGCUGUACCAGGAAGGCCCAAGGAUCUGCACCUCAAGCAUCUGGAAACUGCCGGACAAUAAGGCAACCAAAGGUUCCCUGGUGAGGAUGGGGUGCCUUCCUUACAAACACCUGCAGGUGCUUCCAUGCUCUAUAAUCUCAGGUUCCCUCAAAGCUGUUUUUGCUCUAGCUGAGCCUUGGAUGCUGUCAGCUGUCUGAGAAUAAAUAGGACCAAAUAAGCAGGGAGGAACCUUAUCCCAGGGAGAGGAGAAUUCUCUCUGGGCUUUGGCCUGUAAUCUGACCCAUGGGACCCGUCUCCCAAGCCAUGGGGCAUCCUGCUUCUUUGAUACCCAAUUUAAUAUUUUCUUUAAAUCAAAUCUCACUGUUUGGCAGGAGUCAGCCCGCUUUCUCAGGCCAAUCCUCCAGAUACAUGGCCACAAGGACAGGCCUCUUAACACAGAGCAUGGACCUUCCUUUCUGGCUCCUGAUGCCCCCUGUACAUAGUCCUAGAGAUAAAUAUUUAUGUACAUAUUAUUUCUAAUGCACAUGAAUUAUCCACAACCAUAAAUUAUUUUUUUGGAAUACAG